AUGGCAGCACAACCGACCUACGAGGACCUCUUCGGCGGGUCCGACAGUGAGCUCGACGAUAUCGCUUUUUCGGGCGACGAGCGCGCACCCCCACCCGCCGGCCCCGACGACGAAGACGACGACGACUACGAGCCCGUGCAACUCCCGUCCUUCAAAAAGCUCAAACCCUCCGAAGAUGUCGAGAUCCCAGAGGAAUUGAAACGGCGGCCAAAGAAAAAGGCAAAAGCGGUGCGGGCCCGCCGACGAAGCGAUGCCGGGGAUGAGCGGGGGCGUAGCAGAGGGGACGGUGAGGAAGACUCGGCCCCACCUGAACGGGAACUCAGCCCCGAGUCCAAGAUCCGGCAGCAGGUGGAAGAGGAUUUCGAGCGCAUGUCGAAGAAGAACAAGAAGAAGAAGGUGGUGCAGGAUGAGGCUGACACGGACGAGAUCCUCAGUCGGUUGCUGGAGGAGAUGAAGGCGGCUGCGAUGGAGGAUAAGGAGGCGAAUAGGAGACGGCAGCCUGCGCUGGCUAAGCUGGGGAAGCUGCCUGGGGCGCUCAUGUACCUGCAGAGGGACCAGCUGCAGGAUCAGAUCUUGGAUAACCACCUUCUUGAGGGGGUACGACUAUGGCUUGAGCCACUGCCUGAUGCGUCACUGCCAGCUUUGGACAUCCAGCGAGCCAUGUUCGACGUACUGCGAAAUAUGGACAUCGCUACCAUACAUUUACGUGAGAGCCAUGUUGGCCGCAUCGUCAACUUCUAUUCCAAAUGCGGGAAAGCAACACCAGACAUCCAGAAAAUCGCAUCCCAGCUCAUCGACAAAUGGAUGCGACCCAUCUUGGGACGGAGCGCAAGUUACCGUGACCACAAAGUAGUAUCCGACCCCACAUCCGGACCACGGAUAAAACGAGUCUCGAGAUCGGAGCUGGAGGUCCCGGUAGAAAGCGAGAAGACGGCGUUCAAGAGGACGAGGAUACCGCAGAAGGUUUCCACGGCUUUUACGGUCAUUCCGAAAUCGGACGUUCAAAUGACGGGGGAUGCACGGGUUAAGAGCGAGAAGUACAAGCGAUUGGAAUCCAAAAUGAAGCUGAUGAAGACGGGGGGCAGGGGCCGAUAG